CGGCAGGUGUUUGUUAACACAGAAGAUAAAUGGAGCCAUGGUUUAACCAGCUGAUAAUCGAUGGAUUAAUAUUGGAUAUGUGACCCAAUUUCCGAUAGCGUGCUGAGUUAACUGUUCAAGCUGCAAGGGCAAAGCACAGGUCCUCUUUAUUACGAUUGAAGAAAAAAAAAUGAGAGUGGAGAGAGUCGCGCUGGUUACGACGGUACUGGUUUUGCUACUGGCUCGGAGCCACGGCGAGGACACGGGGACGGGGAACGUGGCAGACCAGUGGCACGACCCUAACUAUGUACAUGAUGUUGAUCACAUCCAGGAACACUACGAGGGUAAAGUGGAGUUCAACACAAGCGCCAUGUCACCCGAAGAAUUAGAAUUCCACUAUUUUCAGCAACAUGACACGGAUGACAAUUUCAUGCUUGACGGACUUGAGAUUCUGGCGGCCAUUACAGAGCCGAACAGGCAUCACCAUCACGGUGACAAAAAAGAGGACGAAGUUCCGCUCACGAUAGAGCAGCAAGAAAAACAGAAACAAGAAGUAGAAGAAAAUCUUAAGAUGAUGACAGAUAUCGUGGACAAAAUAUUUACGGACGAUGAUGCUGAUAAUGACGGUUAUCUGUCUUACGCUGAAUAUCUAGCAGCACGGCGUAAAGCUAGUUGAAGAAACAAAUGCUAAUUAUUAAAAUACAAAAGAUGUUAUAAUAAACUAAUCUCAAAACAGA